AUGGCAAGUCCACACAUCGGCAUCAUCGGCGCAGGUAUUUCAGGCCUUCGCUGCGCCGACAUCCUCAUCCAAAAUGGCGCCCGAGUAACAAUCCUAGAAGCAAGAGAUCGCAUUGGCGGGAGAGUACACCAAUCAACAGUUGGAGACCAUGUGGUGGAUCUAGGCCCCAAUUGGAUACAUGGCGCGGGCGAGAACCCUAUCAUGACCAUAGCGGAAGAAACGGGAACCGUCAUGUAUGAUCCCGAGGGUGGCAGACAUAUCUCCUACUCGCGAGACGGCCACCCGAUCAACGACGAAGUGAGCGCUAAAGUCCAGGACUUUGUAUGGACUACUAUAGCCGAAGCCUUCAAAUACAGCAAUCACAACGGAGAAAGUAUCCCCGUCGAGCGAAGUCUGUUCGAUUUCUUCUGCGAUCGAGUCCAGAAAACGACCUUCUCAGAUGAAGAGAAACAGCUCUGUCUCGAUGCCUGUAAGCUCUGGGGUGCAUAUGUCGGCGACCAAGUUGACAAGCAGAGCUUGAAAUUCUUCCGUCUGGAAGAAUGCGUUGAUGGGAGCAACUUCGUCGUGGCAUCUACAUACAAGCGUAUCCUAGAACACGUCGCCAAAACCGCCGUUGAAAAAGCCGACAUCCGUCUCAACGAACCAGUCACAAACAUCACCACACCACCUCGCCAAUCCGACACAAAACACAAAGUAUCCGUAACAACAGCCACAGGAACAAUCUACAACUUCGACGAAGUAGUCGUAACCUGUCCACUGGGCUGGCUGAAACAAAACACCUCAGCAUUCACACCCCCUCUCCCACCCCGUCUUGAACAAGCAAUCAACAACAUCUCCUACGGCCGACUCGAAAAAGUCUACGUGACAUUCCCACGGGCAUUCUGGCACACCAACACCUCAACAACGCCAACCCAAACACCCAACACCGUCUUCGCCCAAUUCCUCACCCCAUCUUACACAACCCACCCAGAAAACAUAGAAUGGAACCAAGAAUGUCUCUCCCUCGCCUCUCUCCCCUCUCCACACGCCCACCCAACCCUCCUCUUCUACACAUACGGCUCAAGCGGCGCAGAGAUAAUAAACCGUCUUUCGGGAUAUGGGCCCUCAUCACCCGAAUACAGAGACUCCCUAAUCUCAACACUACAACCCUUCUACUCCCGACUCCCCGGGUACAGCGCCGAGAGCCCGGACUGUGUGCCGGUUGCGCUGCUGGCCACGCAGUGGCAGAAGGAUGUGUAUGCUGGGAAUGGGUCGUAUUGUAAUUUCCAGGUUGGGGUUGAGGAGGCGGAUACCGAUAUUGAGGUUAUGAGAUCUGGGGAUGGGAGUGGGGAGACUAGGGGUCUUUGGUUUGCGGGGGAGCACACGGCGCCGUUUGUGGCGCUUGGGACUACUACUGGGGCGUUUUGGAGUGGGGAGAGGAUUGCGAAGAUGGUUUGUCGUGAGAUUGGGAUUGGGGAGGUUGGUGGGAUGGGGGUUAAGGAUGAUUUUUUGCCUUCUGCGGAUGGGUCUUGA